UGUUUCUCUUCAUCAGCGCUCUAUCAGUGCAGUGGGUGCAUCACUCCUCACACUCAGCAGGCACCGCUCACACAUACACACACACGCACACACACACACACAAACACACACACAGCAGCGCCAUGGACCUGCUCGGCUCCCUCGCGCUGUGGAUCUCGGUUCUGUUCGCGGGUCCGGCAGGGGUCCUCGCGCUCGUGGUGCCGGACAUCACGGAGCCGGACUUCAUCCGUAGGUGCGUCCAGGCGCACAACGCGCACCGCUCGCGCGCCUCUCCACCUGCGGCCAACAUGCGCCUGAUGACCUGGGAUGAUACACUGGCAAGAGGUGCCCGUUCUUGGGCCAGACAUUGCAAGGCUUCCCAUAGUCCUGUGCUGCAGCGGGUGGGUCACGUCCACCCUGAGUUCGGGCGGGUCGGGGAGAACAUCUGGCUGGGCACUCCAUACUCAGCUUUCACAGUGGAGUCAGCUGUCCAUAGCUGGAACAAAGAGGGUGCCGACUACACACACCGAAACCACAGCUGUGCCAGGGUCUGCGGCCACUACACACAGCUGAUGUGGGCAACAAGCUAUAAGGUUGGCUGUGCUGUUCAUGUUUGUUCUAGAGGGAUUGACAACUUCUCCAGUCAUCCAGAGUCGACUAUUUUUGUGUGUGAUUAUGGUGAUGCUGGAAAUGUGUUUGGCUUUCCUCCGUAUAUAGUGGGGCUGGCUUGCAGUAGCUGUGGUACAGAGAAAUGCCAAGAUAAACUCUGCAGGUAUGACUGGUCACCAGGUUGGGAUCUUGUGCCAAAGUCUUCAGCUCACAGGCUUCUCCACUGGCUGACCAGCGCUGCAUUGCAGCUACCAAUUGGAAUGUGCUGGCUUCUCUACUUUUAUGCAACACAUUGAAAUCACAGAGUAAACCCAGUUCCAAGCUGUUUAAGCCUUAUGUCACUGCUUUCGAACUUCUCACCAUCUAUUAACAGGGGAAUGUUAUGAAGUCAUAGCACUACGCUGAGUCAUAUGUGUGGCAUCUUCCCUGCUGUAAAGGACUGAUGCAUCACCAUCCUUCUCAGUGACUCCCCACUGAACAAUGUGACUCUAUUCUCUGUCCUUUCAUUGUAAAUUACAUAUCAGUACCAUCUUAUUCAUAGAAUAAACAUGUAUGAAACUUUUGAAUUUUCAUAUUCAGACAUGUAAAAAUAAACAAAGAUCGGUAUAUUUC